AUGACUGUGGAGCUUUCAGAUGGCAACAGGGACGGAAAUUCCCUGAACGUCCCUGAGGAUGGCCAAUCCACCUACAUCCGGAGGCUGGAGGAGCGCCUUAUCGCCCUUGAACAAAGAUUACUCGAUAUAGAGGGCACUAAGCAAGAGCAUAACGAUGACAAGGUAGACCAUGAAGACAAGGAAAAGAACAAACUAAGCCAUCCAUCCUUCCCACCAAUGGUCCCAGAGGUUCGAAGUGUCAAUUACCUCCAAGCCUUCCAUCAUACCUUCACAGAACGAAGUAUUCCUGCGAUUGAAUUAAUGUCACUGUCAGCAAGUUGGAACGAUGAAUCUGCUAAGGCGGAAGCCUUUAGAAGGUCCCUGAAGGAGUUUCGUCCAGUGAAAGCAAUAGAGACGGUCAACGACGCCAACGCCAACAGUACGGAGUCGAGAGAUUUUGGGAGAGAUUAUGAGACCUCACAAAUCAGAGUCCUCUCGCUACCUCUUUGUGAGCUGUUGUGGCCGAUCAUCUGCGGCGAAAGGAUCAAACCGAACGAAAUAGCCGUAUUCUACUCUCCUUGGAGGGCGAAUAUCCAUUAUCAUAAAGACGUGAAAGCAAAACUCGUUGAUAUGGAAAGAGAGCAAAUGUUGCUUUUAGAAGAUGGAGAGAAAUCCAAGGCCAGAAAGCUACUGGAAGAGUUGCGAGCAUAUGUGCGGCUGAUAGAUAACGCAAUAAUGCCGUUCUUUUCUAGCUUCAAAACAAUGACUGUCACCGACAGCUUCAAAGUUAGCUGGGAGGAACUUUGGCAUUUGUUCAUCCCGGGAGAAACUAUUUACUAUUCGGAAGCCAAGAGUAAUCCUUCCAAAAUGGAUUACGACAGGCUCAAGAGAAGCGCAAGGCCAGACCAGAGACUAUGGAGGGUCUACACAAGAUACCAGAGCGAUAGUGAUAAUGUUUUUUGGGUCAAGGCAUACUGCAUUGAUUACAAUGGUGAAUCAUACGUCUGCGUGAAAGAGUGGUUUUCUAUCGAGCUUUACCACGGAAGGGUCAGCGUGAAUUCUCUCGAAGUAUAUCCCAUUCGAUUUGCAAAUGAAGAGAAGAAAAUUAUGGAAGAUGCCAUCGAAAUUGGACGAGGCUUCAUGAAAACCCGUGAUUCAAAGCUAAUGGCCCAUACUGGAUGGUCGUUCAUUCCAGGGCAAGACGAAAUUUUUGUGUCUGGCGAUGUGGUGGUCAAUUUUGAAGAAACAUUCAAAGCUCAUCCGGACUGGAAGCCUCUGAGCAAGCUGCCCUCGACAGGAUUUAUCGGGCGUCGCGGGGCUGGAGAAAGUGUGGAAAGCGAAGCUGUUUGGUAUUGGACAGAUGGACAGGCGCUCAAGGAGUUUCACCCUAUGUGUAUCAGUUGGGAGGAGCAUCAGAUUCCACGGUCUACCAAGAUCGAAUAUUGUCGCAACCAAGAUCUAUUUCUAUCUGCUUUGAUCAAGAACGACUCGAUCAAGUACACGCCGCGGGAAGAAGACCUUCAUCUGCUGCCUAGUAGACUCUUUGGAUAUUCACUACAGGAUAGAAGAUUUGUCACAUUGGAUCUUUCAAAUCUUCGGCAGAUUGAAGAGAGCAGAGACAAGUUCAAGGAUCUAAUUAUCAAUAGGGAUCAUGAGGGCAUGCUUCGUGCGCUAGUUGAAUCCCAUUUCAGAAGAAAAAGGGUCAAUGAAGCCACAGGCAUCUCAACUACUAAUCAGGAUAUUGUUCAGAAUAAAGGCAGGGGUCUAGUUAUUCUACUCCAUGGAGUUCCUGGUGUUGGCAAAACAUCGACAGCGGAAACGAUCGCUAGUGACUUCCAGAAACCCUUGCUCCCUAUCACUUGUGGUGAUCUAGGAUUAGAUCCUGCGACAGUGGAAAAGUCCUUGAAACGAAUUUUUCGAGUGGCGCAGCUGUGGGAUUGUAUUCUGUUGCUUGAUGAGGCAGACGUAUUCCUUUCCGAAAGAGUAUUAUCUGAUUUGAGUCGUAAUGCGCUGGUAUCAGUCUUCCUCCGCGUCCUGGAUUAUUAUUCCGGAAUUCUGUUUCUCACCACAAACCGUGUGGGCACCAUCGACGAAGCAUUCAAAUCUCGAAUCCACAUCAGCCUGUACUACCCGUACCUUGAGCUAGAGCAAACUGAGAAAAUCUGGGAAGUCAACCUUAAUCGGCUGGCGGCCAUAGAGGCGGAGCAAAGUGGUGAACAGACACCCUUGUCAAUUGACCGUCACGAUAUUCUCGCCUUUGCAAGAAAGCAUUUCAAAAAAAGCAAUACCGGCAAAGGCAGGUGGAAUGGCCGACAAAUUCGGAAUGCGUUCCUCAUCGCCUCAGCUCUUGCUCACUACGAGAAAACUCAUGGCAUUCAAAAUGACACAAACCCACACGACCUCAAUGCCCGACAUUUCAAAACUGUAGUUACAGCUGGUACAGGGUUUGAAAAGUACCUUCUUGCAACCAGGGGCAUGACAGAUCAAGAGGCAGCUUAUCUCAACAAUACCCGGGCUGACCACAUUCAGUCACCAGAAUCUAGAGCCAAUGCUCAAGGAUCACCACAGCCAUCCGCAGCUAAGCCCCCAACGUAUCCAGGAUGGGCCAAUCAGUAUCCUUCUCACCCAUCUUUUACGCCUUCACAAGCCCAGCCAGUGUAUAAUGCGGCUACUCGCUCACCUUCUGCCAAUAACUUCUAUCCUCGGCAACCGCACCAGCCGCAUUAUGUUGUUCAGGUUCCAACCUCACAGGAUCAAUUUGGGCAGCCACCAAUGGCUACAGGAUACCCUCAACCACGGAUGCUGACACCAGUGCCCCAGGAUCAGUCUUAUGAACAGGGCUGGAACACGCACCACGGAAUCGAUGAUGACUCGGAAAUUUAA